AUGCAUAAGGCUCUUCCCUGCCGUCCGUCGCGUGCGCCUUCCUCGGCUAUCGCGGCCAUUGCCUCCGCCGCCGCCGCCGCCCCCGCGAACGCGGCCUCCGUCGACCCCGUCGACCCUAAUAAGGUCGAAGAGGAUGAAGAGGAGGAGGAGGAGGAGGAGGAGGAGGAGGAGGAGGAGGAGGAGGAGGAUGGAGGGGCCGAUGAGGCCUAG